CAUCCCUUCAAGAUCAUGGCGGCGAUGAUGGAACAGGAUGCCGCCGUUGAAGUGGCCGAGUUCGCGCAGCUCUGGUUCUUGGAGCAAGUGAACUCGUCGCUGGUCUCGUCAAACACCCUGCUUCGCGGACUCGACAUUAUGAUGACCUGUCUGGUGGACCCGGGUGGGAAACCGAAGAAACACGCCGCGGUGACAAAAAAGGACAAGGAUGAGUUCCUCGUGGCACUGGGCAAACCACGAGACGUCCUGUCGAAUCCUGUGUUAGCACGCAUGCUGGCAAAGAAGCGAAGAAAGGUGUGUGGGUAUAUCUUCAAGGCAGACGAAGUUGCGUACAGCUGCCGCGAUUGCCAACACGACUCGACUUGCGUCAUGUGUCAAGCGUGCUUUGCCGACAGCAAACACGACGGUCACGACGUGUCGUUCCAGCGCACAUCUGCAGGGGGUUGCUGCGACUGCGGUGACCCCGAAGCGUGGGCGAAGUCUGGCUUUUGUACGAAACACCCUGGUCGCGAAGACACCUCAACUUCCACUACCGCGUCAAAAUUGGACGAUCUACCAAGGGAAUUGUCGUUUGUCGCAGGGUCAUUAAUCGACGCGGUCGUGCAUCAUUUGUUCGACGUGCUCGCGACGUCGGAGCAGGGGCUGCGAGUCGCAGAAGGCAUGGCGUAUCUAGGCUCCCGUGUGUCGGAUGAUGUGAAGAAACAAUGGAAGGUUGCGGCCGCGACUCGCGAAAAGAGUUUGGAUGGCCAAAACGGCGUCUUUGAUACGCGACUGCACAGCGACGACAUCAAUCCGUUUUCCGACGUGGUCCAGGCCCUUCGAACCAACAUUGGCUUGUCCAAGUUGGAGGCAAUCACGUUUGCAAACAAGUCCGACGCCGAGGGGUACACGGACAUCUGCCCCAGCACGUUGGUCCGCGCGACUGCAAUUGUUGUGUCGAUGGAAAACUACACGACGUCCGUGGUACCGCAUGCGCAAUACGACGUGCGUCGCGUUGCGCCCUUAAUUGAAUGGCUGCGGUCACUUUGUGAGAUAUCCGACGGACUCGCGGCGCUAGUGUCUCGCAGCAUUGCGCAGCGACGGGUCCAUCCAACCCAUGCCGCCAAGGCGCUCUCGUCGAAGCUGGUCGAGGCCACAUCUCUCAAGUCUAAGAAUGGCAUUGGGAACCUCUCAAUCGACCAGUGUUUAAAGCGAUGGCGGGUUAGCCGCGACGCUGUCAUGUUUGCGUCUAUCGCUCUGACAACAACUCGAGAACUGAGCGAGUGGGCGUCGGCGGUGCCGACAUUUCAAGCCAACUCAAUGGCAUGGGGAACGCUGCUGCCAGGUUGUCUAGGCAACGCGCUCGAAGCGAUUGCGCGGGCAUACCCUGACAUCACGGCGGCGUGCAAAGCUACAGCAGAGGCGUUCGCAGUUCCUUGUACGGUUGCAUCCAAGCCAGCGCCGAGCUUCCUCGACAUCCUCGUCCGAAACUACUGCCUCCUCACAAAGUCAGCGAUCUACCAAGUCAAUCUUUUCACACACGAGCUGAUUUUGAACCAGUCGAUGAAGCACGCCAUGAUGGACGCGUUUGUCGACGGAUAUGCUCAGAACACGGCGACUUACUUGAAGGGGUUGGGGGCCACGAGCGACAGCAUCUUUGACUUUGCGACACAACUGCUCACGGUGCCGUCUCUCCUUGCUAAGUACCCCACGACCCUUGUCUCGACCCUCCUCGAUGCCUUGGCGACCGUGCUGAACACGAGCAUGGGCACUCGUGCCAAGGCCAACGGCCAAACCUGCCCCGAGUUUCGAUCAGAUAGUAUCGCCAUCAGCCAUUCCAAGUACAAGCACGCCGGCGACCACUUGGAAUUUGUUCUUGCCCAUGGCAAUCCCAUCGACCUGCUUGGCCACGAAGCCAACUUUGCCAAGUGGCUGGAAUGUCUCACGGUGUUGCAGUUUGCCGACGCGCAAGUCCGCCGUCGUCGGGACGAGCCCCACGUCGAAUACGAAUCGGACAGUUGGUUUGCCACAUUCAAUUUGGGCAUCAAGCUACACGCGUUGUUUCCACUGGUACUCCACAGUCUCACAAGCACAUCGACCGGGGCCGGCGGUGCCGUGCUCUUGCGUCGAGUGAUGCAUGCGAUUAACCAAGUCAAGGAUUCGACGCUGUCCGUGAUGGAGAAGACAACUCGUGCUCUGGUAGGCGACGCAUUAUUCGACGCGACGGAAUCGUCGGUGCUCGUUCUGGACCGUCAAGUCCCUCGCGAGGCGUCAACGCUGCACAUUCCACUCCACCGCUUCGUAUCUGCCAUGCUCAAGCAGGUGCUUGUGCUAUCCAAGGAUGAAUCCACUUCGAGUAUGGACACGUGGCGCGAAUGGUUUGGUCUGGAUUCGCUAUCGACGACGGACGUUGUGCUGUUGUUGGAUGCACCGCUUCAAUGCCUCGCCAUGUCGAGCCAGAUUCAAGCCAACCUGUGGCGGCGCAACGGCGACGAGAAUAUGGUGACGCAGUUGUUCAAUUAUUGCGCGAUGCCAUACUGCGUCAACUUUCGCGAUGCAGACUUGUUUUUGCUGCAGAUUGGUGUGCUGCUUCUGGGACCCGAGCACGUGGUCGCGCUGAUCGUGGACCGAUUUGGCUUGCGCUCGUACUUUGCGGACCCAGACGACGCUGCCGUCUCCCCGACGGCCACUUACGACAAGCAGCAGGAGCUGCAAAUGGUCGACGAAGUGCUUCGUCUGGUGCUCGUGUUGUCGACAAAUGUACCUUCGACAACGGGCAGCGACCACGAAGAUGCGUUCUUGCGGGAAGAACUCGUCCACCAGUUGUUGAUUCGACCCAGCACGUUCAGCGAGUUGAGCGACAACGUGUCACUGCCGUUGGGCGGCCAAGAUAUUGCAGCCCCGAUCGCGCGCCUCGAGCCGCUACUCGAGCAAGUCGCCAGUUUCCAGCCACCUGCUGGACUCGAACCUGGCAAAUACACGAUCAAAACGGACAGCAUUGCCCAGUGCAACCCGUAUCACAUGCACUUGAACCGAGAACUCCACGAAGUGGCACGCGAGAAGAUCUUGGAGCGACCGAAUGCCUCGCCGCCGUUCGUCCCGCCUUCGACGCCGCUGCCUCAUUUGGCCAACGUGCAGUCCCUCUUGGUCACUCCCAGCACGAUUGAAAUGGUCAAGUGCGUCUUGCGCCGCCGAUGCAACAAGGAGAACAGUCGGUGGUCGGAGGCGCUCGUGUCGACUGCCCUCGAUGUCCUCGUGUACGGCGCUCAAGUGUCCGACGCAUUGGCCUCCACAGACGAAAAACCGUCGUAUUGGGACAUUGUGACUCCGCUGAUUGAGUACUUGGUGGAAUUGGAGCGUUCGGAUGACAAGGAACACCGACACGUUGUGUCGUGGUUGCUGAACGAAUACCCUCGUCGUGCGGCCGUAUGUGCCACAGCGUUGGCAGCCUAUACAUGCGCCAGCAACACUGGCAAAGACGGCCAUGUCGGAACUUCGGCCGAAAUGGAUCUCGAAGCUCGGAAAAAGGAAGCGAAAGCCCGUGCAAUGGCUGCGAUGGCCAAGCAAAUGGCCGCAUUUUCCCAACUCAUGGACGAAGACACCGAGGACGACGACGAUAUGGGCGUCGACAAAACGCCACAUCCGCCAGCGCAAGCGGUCAAGGACAAUGCCGUGGAAUGCAAGAGAAAGCCGUCGAGUGGACCGCACGCGACCAACAAAAAGCGCGCCCGAAAGACGUCCAUGGAAGAAAACUUCGCCCCAACACCCGACACAAAAGUACCGAACAAGAAGUGGAAACCCACGUGCAUGCUUUGCCACGACUCCAAGUCGAACGAUGAGCUGUGCAUGGUGGCCAUGGUGCAACAGUCGACGGUGCUGUCGACCGGGUUCCGCCCGACCGCAGCAGACGCGCUCCAUCCGGAGAAAGGCCCGAAUGCCCGCGCCAGCGUCACAUCGUUGAUCCGAGCGAUGCAAUUGCAAAGCCGUGGGGACUUUAACCGAUCUUCACCAUUUCAUUCUCCGCCGCAACAUCGCCACCACGACCACCACCACCACCACGACAAUUCGGACGAAGACUCUGACGACGACGGCGAUGAGUCUCCACGCAUGGCGUUUGCCGAUUUGUUUUGGGACAUGGAACACGACGACGAAUUUGACGACCACCAUCACGACCACGUGGACGGCAAUAUCGAACUUGCACCGCACGACGAUUUCCGCGACCAGCGCAAUCGGGCGGACAGUCAUGACAACGAAGCGCGCGCCGCCGCAGAUGACGACAUGACACGAAUGUUAGGCGGCGCACUGGAACACGCGAUACGAAUGAUGCCACAGCGACGUGCGCGCCGGUUCCGCUUCAAUGUCCGGCGCCACGCCCGUCCGCCUGUCGCUGUUGAUCGAGACGACGAUGGCCUGGACUUGGUGCCCGUCGGUCUGUUUGUGCGAACAUGCCAGCACAUUGUGCACAUGAAGUGCGUCGACAAGUACAUGGAAACGUUGCACGAAAAAGCGGCUCGGGGCGAAGAAUUUGACGGGAUGCAAGCUGUGGAUGGCGACGCCCCCAUGACGCAAUUCCUCUGCCCCAUGUGCAAGGGACUUUGCAACGUGCUUAUCCCCAUGAUUCCCCCCACUGCGCCGGUGGAACCACCGGCCACCGCGGUCUCGCCGACGUGGUUCGACAUUGUCCAGCGACCGGACAACUCGUCUUGGAUCCGCCCGGUGCACCAGACCCAUUCCGAUCACGACAAACUCAAGACUUGGAAGGAAUACUACGAGGACGCGUUAUGGGAGCCCCACGGAAGCUUUGAAAUGGGUGCGCCGUACUUGUGGUCGGCGUGCGCGUACACCGUGGCUGCGACAUUGGCCGAAGCAGACGCCGUUCGCGUUGACAGCGGCGAGUCGACGUGGCCGACGUCACUAGAAAAAGAGUACGCGUCCAUGCAAGCGCUGGUGACGUUCACCCGGUGGUCGUUUGGCAUGGUGCGCUUGACCGGCGAGUCCAAAGUGAUUUACGAAACAGUCAAGCGAUGUUGCCCCGUUGUGCAGCAGUCCAAGCGCGAGUACAAAAAGUAUACCAAGAUGAUCGGGUCGCUGGACGCGUGCAUUCGAGGAACGGUCCUCGGACUGCUCGUGGCCGACACGUUUACAGCGUUUGUGGUGUCGAUGGUCGCUGCCGACUCGAUCGAGACGAUUGGCGAGUUGAUUCCGGUAUUUUGUGCUGCCGAUAUGCUACAGCGCGUCGGACGCGCGUUCUUUGUGUCGGGGCCUCAACGGGAAGCUAGUUUUUACCAAGAUGUACCAGUGGGCUCGAAUGCCAACGAAGCCAUGACCUCCGGUGCCGCCGCCCGCAUGCAAACCCGCCGGGGUGGACAUGCACGUGUCACGUCGGCCACACCCACAGACUCCACCGCAGCACACGCCAAGAGCUUGAAAUCGCUGCAACGUUACGUGUUUAAAGCCACACGUCACGGCAAGCAUGCUGCUAACGAGCCCCAAGCGGUUGGCGCGGUCGAGCUUGUCUUGCGGCUUUGCGGAAUGGACCCAACGCUACGGUUGAAAGCGGACGUGGAUGUCGCCGUGGUCAACUCGAUCGUGGAAUUGAACGCUCUGCUCGUGCGUCGGAUGCACAUCGUGUACGGAUGCUUGACGGACAAGUCACUUGCAUUGCCGAUCCGUCCCCCGUCCUUCCGCGACGUGAGCCGAGUCCCGCUGAACACCCUCCAAACGAUUUGGGAAUGGUGCGUGAUUCGAAAAGCAUCGCAGCAUGAGCUCGGGGCGGCUUCGAAAGAUGCCACCAACCGAUGUGAGCAUGCCGAAUACACGAGCGAAGCAUACUUGGCCAACAUGUUUAUCCUCCGCGACAAGAAUGCGACGUCGCUGGACCUUGUCGCACUGCCGAUGCAGUACGACGACUUGUACAGCCACAACGUGCGACUGAAGUGUCGUCGCUGCGACCGCGUGCCCCGCGAACCAGGACUUUGCCUCGUCUGUGGGACGCUGCUUUGCUGUGGCGAGUCGUGUUGCGCCUAUUCUCAUGUAAGGGGCAACCCGCCGAUGGGAGAAUGCACGCGGCAUGCAUUUGAGUGCGGCGGAGGUCUUGGCGCGGUCCUGAUGCUCCAGCAAUGCCGUGUGUUGCUGGUCGCUGGGUCGAUGGUGGCGUACUUUCCAAGUCCGUACGUGGAUUCGCACGGCGAAGAAGACCCAGGACUCCAGCGCGGCCGGCCACUCAAACUCGACACGAACCGAUACAACAUGCUCCAGUCGCUCUGGCGCAGCCAUCGGCUCUACGGGGAAGUGUCUCGGCUGCGUAACCAGCGCGACAACCAGCAACCGCUCAAUCUCACAUACAUUUAACUAUUUUGCCAAUAUAGUGCAACCCAUCCACUUGCCCUCGCUGUUGCAAAUCGAAUGCCGUACUACAUCAAUGCCAAGGUUUGGAACCGCUUGUUGAGCGCUUCUUUCGUUGGCG